AUGAGACCUUCAUUCAAUCAACCACCACCUCCUUCAGCAUCCUUUCAUCAACCUCAAUCAUUUCUUGCAAAUUCAACUUCAAAUCAAGAGUUAUCGUGGUAUCCAAAUUCUGGUUUUAGUCACCAUCUCACUCAUGAUGCUUCAAAUUUAAUCUCUUCAUUAGAUUAUACAGGACCAGAUCAACUCUACAUUGCUGAUGGUUCAGUACCUUCUGUUAUAAGUCAACCUGCUACUACUGCUACUACUGCUGCUGCUGCUGCUGCUACUACUACUACUACAACUGUUGCUGCUACUGCUACUAUUGCUACUACUACUGAUACUACUACUGCUACUACUACUAUUAACCUAUCAUCAUUAGCUACCUCAGAUAGUUCUCCUAAGCGAUCAAGUUCAUCUUCACACUCUCAAAUUGAUUCUUCAUACUUUCAGCAAUCUUCUCAUUCCUCUAUUGUACCAACUUCUGGUUCAAAAAUUCAACUACUAAAGCUACUUACUACUAUUGCAACCACAUCUACUAUUGACCUAUCAUCAUCAGCUACCUCAGACAGUUCUCCUAAGCGAUCAAGUUCAUCUUCACACUCUCAAAUUGAUUCUUCAUGCCCUCAGCAAUCUUCUCAUUCCUCUAUUGUACCAACUUCUGGUUCAAAAAUUCAACUACUAAAGUCACUUACUACUAUUGCAACCAUAUAUCUGAACACUCAUCACAUGGUCACUAGGUCUAAAUCUGGUAUUACAAAUCCAAAGUCUUUUCUUACCUAUACUUCCAAUUAUGAUUUGACUAACAAUAUGCCUAAGUCUGUGCCUCAAGCAUUGAAUUCCUCUCAUUGGCUUCAAGCCAUGAAAGAGGAAUAUAAUGCCUUAAUAAAAAAUAAAACAUGGCAUCUUGUGUAG